UUAUUCACUCCUGGCCAUGAAACCAGCCCUUUUCAGUCCGGGCUCAUGAGCUGUGUGUUGACGCAGAUGUGUCCAGAUGGCUUUGCGCGCUUUUGCAGAACUUCCUCUGUGUGUGUGUGUGUGUGUGUGUGUGUUUCUGGGACAGUCAGAAACGGGUCGGCUUGGAAGAGAGAACAGAGAGGACGGGCUGAGCUUUAAGAGGCCUGUCUUAGCGAUUUGAGGACACGACGUUAGAUGGUCCUCGGAGCGUGCAUGAAUGGGACUGUCGUCUUCUUCCUCCACGAAGCGGGAGCGUGGACAGGAAAUGAGGGGCUCGGCUCUGGUGACUCGGCUGCUGCAGCUGCGCGGCUCGCCUUCUCUCUUCUUCAUCGCUCUGUCCGUGUCUUAAGAGCGACUCGCGGAGACUUUUGUGCAUCUCCGGGCGUCCAAACCAGGCUCUUUUAAAGGAAUAUACGGUCUGCUUCGACAGGAACAAGGUGGUUCUUCAAAUUUGAUCUCUGGGGACAUGAGCUGACACUAGGCUGAGCUGGCUUUUAUGCUUUGCUCUGUGCAAAAUAACCCCCUCUUGUACAGACACACUCAUAGCCACACCUGCACACACUGAGACCUGGUUUUAGCAGCGUGGCGGGCAGUGAGGCUGAGCGUGAUGGCUCAGAGGAGCAGGGCCAUGUGCCUUUGCCCCACAGAGCACUUGUGAGUGUUGGGGUGCUGCUGGUGGCCCUCGGCGUUGUCCUCAUGAUGUUUGCUACAGUGUACACUGGUGCAUUCGGGGCGUCCCUCGCUGCCCUUGGCUUCGGAAUUCUCAUCUACUCCUUCUGCAGAGUGAUGAAGUCCAGCAACCACAACAUGACCAUCCCAGGUCAUUUCCUGCUGCACUCGCGCACCGGCACCCAGUACACAUAUGAGCAAGCCAUCGCUUUGCAGAGGAGGUUGGACAGGAUCCGCAGGGCUUCAGCAGAAGAGCGGCGCACGGCCCAGACGCCCCCUCCAGUACUCCACAGCCUACCUGGAACUCCACCGCCCUGGGACAUGGAGCCUCCGCCAUCCUAUGAGACUGUUAUGAAGACCACCAUGCUCCCACAGACGGCGAUGAUCAUGACUGAGCCCUCCUGACCACCUGAGAACAAUGAUAACCGAUUAAGUGCUAAUGAGCGCUAAGUGCCGAGGACCAGGCUGUAUGGUUUCAGUAUUUCUUGUAAAUCACUCAGGCAAUUUGAAAAACCGUAAGUGACCAUUAGGAGAUCAUCCGAUUCUAUCCAGUAAGUAGUACACAUGCAUUGCCUCAUUCAUUUCUUAAUGUUUGUCAUAUGACUUUUUAUGUCCUAAUAAUACCUACAACAUGCAUUGUUCUUUGCAAAACUGUCUGUUUUUACUUCAGACAUAAAAAUUCCCAGCAGAGUAGACUAUUCAGACAAUGAUUCAUUAGGACUUACGACUUGCACAAAUGAGGUUUUUUUUUCUUUAACUAACAAAUGGCCAAAAAGUUUAGAGCCGUUACUAAAGCUCUGCUAAAAUUGGAGGAGUCAAUUUUUAUGUUUGAUAAAUGAGCUGAUUGUUUCGUUGUACUUUAUGUGCACAAAUUUCAGGGAGUCCUUUUGGUUCGGUUUCUCCUUCACCACUGGGCAAAAAAAUAUAGGAAGCAGAUUUCCAAAAUAUUUUCUCCUUAUCUUUUUAUAAUGAUGAAGGGAAAUCGUUUAAGAAUGUUUUUUUGUACUUUAAUGCAGGGGUGGAUAAAAGGGGAAAAGUAGUACUCCUCAGGAAAAAAAAAAAAAAAAAACGAAAA